CGGCCGCCAUUUUCCUGCGGCGCCCAGUGAGCGUGUGUCCCCCGACCCCGGCCGAGCGGAAGGAGCGAAGGGCGGGGGCGGGGGGCAGGAGGAGGGGUCGCUGCCCGGGUGACAGGGCCGUCCCCGGGGGCGGAGCGCAGCUGCCCGCGGCGGGGCAGAGCGACGUGUCUGAGCGGGUCCGUCCCUCUGUCCCGUCCCGUCCCAGCCCGGCGCCGCGCGGCCCCGCAGCACCAUGUCCGGCCAGAGCCUCACCGACCGCAUCACGGCGGCGCAGCACAGCGUGACCGGCUCGGCCGUCUCCAAGACCGUCUGCAAAGCCACGACGCACGAAGUUAUGGGCCCCAAGAAGAAGCACCUGGACUACUUAAUCCAGUGCACAAAUGAGAUGAAUGUAAACAUCCCCCAGCUGGCGGACAGCUUAUUUGAAAGAACUACCAAUAGUAGCUGGGUGGUGGUCUUCAAGUCCCUCAUCACAACUCACCAUCUAAUGGUGUAUGGAAAUGAGCGUUUUAUCCAGUAUCUAGCUUCCAGAAACACACUGUUUAAUUUGAGCAAUUUCCUAGACAAAAGUGGAUUGCAAGGGUAUGACAUGUCCACAUUUAUCAGACGGUAUAGUAGGUAUCUGAAUGAAAAAGCAGUUUCUUACAGACAAGUGGCUUUUGACUUCACCAAAGUAAAAAGAGGGGCUGAUGGAGUCAUGAGAACAAUGAACACAGAAAAACUCCUUAAAACUGUACCAAUUAUACAAAAUCAGAUGGAUGCACUUCUUGACUUCAAUGUCAAUAGCAACGAGCUUACAAAUGGUGUAAUAAAUGCUGCCUUCAUGCUCCUCUUCAAAGAUGCCAUUAGACUCUUUGCAGCAUAUAAUGAAGGAAUUAUUAACCUUCUGGAAAAAUACUUUGACAUGAAAAAAAACCAGUGCAAAGAAGGCCUUGACAUAUAUAAGAAGUUUCUCACUAGAAUGACAAGGAUCUCAGAGUUCCUCAAAGUUGCAGAGCAAGUUGGAAUCGACAGAGGAGACAUACCAGAUCUUUCUCAGGCACCAAGCAGUCUUCUUGAUGCUUUGGAACAACAUUUAGCCUCUUUAGAAGGAAAGAAAAUCAAAGACUCCACAGCUGCAAGCAGGGCUACCACACUUUCCAAUGCAGUCUCUUCCCUUGCAAGCACUGGCCUGUCUCUCACCAAAGUGGAUGAAAGGGAAAAACAAGCUGCAUUAGAGGAAGAGCAAGCUCGUUUAAAAGCUUUAAAGGAACAACGUCUAAAAGAACUUGCAAAGAAACCUCAUACCUCUUUAACGACAGCAGCCUCUCCCGUGUCUACUGCAGCGGGAAGCAUAAUGACCACCCCAGCCAUUGAUAUUUUUUCCAUCCCUAGCUCUUCGAACAGCACAUCAAAUCUGCCAAAUGAUCUACUUGAUUUGCAGCCAACCUUUCAUCCAUCUGUACAUCCUAUAUCCACUGGGCCACAAGUAGGAGGUACAUGGGGAGGCACCGCCUGUAAUGGCCUAUCCUGCUACAACACCAACAGGAAUGAUGGGCUAUGGAAUGCCAACACAGAUGGGAGGUGUACCAGUAAUGACACAACCAACUUUAAUAUACAGCCAACCUAUCAUGAGACCACCAAACCCUUUUGGCCCCGUUUCAGGAGGACAGAUACAGUUUAUGUAAUCACGCCAGAUGAGAAAGGAACAGCUCCCAAAAGACACGUGCUCAACAGCAAACCCCUACUUCCAGCAAAAUCCAAAUUGCUGUAUUUUAACUCCUCUUCCUUUAAAAUGAUGCAGGAAAAUCAUGAAGGCCCACAAAGGAAACUGGGACGACUCUCUAGGAAAGUGUCAAUACAUGAUAUAAAGCCAAGAAUUCCCCUGAUUUAAGAUGUUCUUUUCUGGUGACUAAUGCGUCAGUACUUUCAACUCCUAUUAAUAUCCAUAAUCAGUAACAUACAAAGAGAAGCUCUUAUUCUGAAAUUGUAAGAUUUGUAUUUGGAAAUGCUGUGAGGAAUGAAGAUGAGUGUCCUUUACCAUAACUCAAAACAAGAUUUUCUUUGGGGGAUCAGAUCCUAACUCUUACUUCUGCAGUUAUCUUUUCUUCAGUCCUCACAAAUGUAGACACAGCAAUGAAAAUUAACUUUUCUUUUAAAAAAAAAUUAUAUAUUCAGUUUGCAGUAGACAUUCCUUAUGUAUUGUUUGUAUUUAUUUAUGAUUAUCAAUUUAAGUAACAUUAAUAUUGUAUCAAACUCCUUAUGAAAAUGAGUAUGGAUGUAUACAGUAUGUCUGAUUUUUUUUAUCCACAAUAAUGAUUUUGAUUCAAAAUGCUUUUCAGCUGACAUAUAGAGCACUAACUAUUUUAAAGGCCUGAAUCUUAUGAAUUCUCAGUCUGUAUGGGAAUUAGGAAAGUUAUAAAAUGCAUUAAUCCUUUAUAGUCAAUUCUGUGCCUAGGAUUUUGCAAGGGAACAGUUAACUGACAAAGAGAAGCACUACAUUUUUAAUUCAGCAUUAGUGCAUUGGGAAGGAACUUUAUUGCUUUGUGCUUGGCAUGUCAUUACUUUACAUUUGACAUAAGGCCUUUCCAGAAUGAAUGUGAGGAAUUGCUUUCACUUUAAGACUUUCCUUUUCUUUAAAAACUCUAGGAGGUAUUAUGUGAAAAAAGCCUUGAUUUUCAUUUGGCUAGUGCCAUGUUUAUGAUCAUGUACCUUUAAAAAAAAUAAUAAUAAAAAUAAAUAAGGGAAGUAGCAUCUUUACAAAUGACUAGCAAGAAUUUAGUUAAUGAAGAAUUAAAGCAGCACUGUUGAUCGGUGCUUUGCGUAAAUACAUCGUAACUUUUGGGUCGAAAGGGGCCUUCAGAAGGAUAGUCCAUGAUAUGAAAGCAAUUCUGUACAUGAAUGAAGCAUACUUGCUGCAUUGUCUCUGCAGAUUCUAUUUUUGUUUAAAAUAUUAAAAUGUAUGUUAGCAAAAAUGGGUGGAUUUUCAAAUAAAAUGCAGCUUCCACAGAA